AUUGACUUUUGACUUAUUUGAGGAUAAAAGAUUGUUAAAAUUAUAAGGGCUAAAGCAGUUUUAUUGUUAUACAAACAUUACAUUUUAAAACCAAUUAAUUUGAUAAGAGUUACAGCUUCGACAAAUGUGAUACAAUAUGUCUAAAGUAGAAUAUUCUUUAUAGAUGCUCCCGUAUUUUAGGUGUAGAUCUUUCCACAUCAUUUUUAUACAUAUAGUACCCAAAUACAAUAAAGAUGUAUAUAAGUGAUUUACGUAUUGCCGUAAUAUGUUCUAGUAACAUGAAUCGUAGUAUGGAAGCUCACGCUUUUUUGGCCAAAAAGGGGUUUGAUGUUAAAUCGUACGGCACAGGUGAUAAAGUUAAAAUUCCAGGUUCAUCUUUUGAUAAACCUAACGUUUAUGAAUUUGGAACCUCUUACGAAGAAAUAUAUCUAGAUUUGCUUAAAAAAGACAAAUCUUUAUAUACACAAAAUGGACUACUUCAUACUCUGGACAGGAAUAGGAGGAUAAAAACACAUCCAGAGAAAUUUCAAGAAACUCCAGAAAAAUUUGAAAUUCUUAUUACAUGUGAAGAGAGAGUGUACGACCAAGUCUUAGAAUAUAUGGAAAAUAAAACCCCUACUGAAAAUUCCAUAGUACAUGUUGUCAAUAUUGAUAUACAGGACAAUUUGGAAGAAGCUACUAUCGGAGCCUUUUUAAUAACGGAUCUAUGCCUAAUGAUAGCUAGAGCAGAGGACCUGGAUAAUGAGAUCGAAGAAGUAUUACAUAAUUUCGAAGAAAAAUCCAACAGAUCUAUUUUACAUAGUAUAGUGUUUAAUUAGCUAAUUAUGUUAUUUAUUUUUUAAUUAACCUGAUAAAGUUUCAGUAAAAUAUACCAUAAUGAAGAACUAAAUGUAAUCUUAUUUUAAACGGAUAAAAUUGGAAAUAAAGGGAAUAAAUUGUAUUUUUAAUGCAAUAGAAAUAUAUAUUUU